AUGGCCGUUGGAAAGAACAAGCGCUUGUCGAAGGGCAAGAAGGGUGUCAAGAAGAGAACCGUUGACCCUUUCACCCGGAAAGAUGAGUACUCUGUGAAGGCUCCCUCUACUUUCCAGACUAGAGAUGUUGGAAAGACUCUGGUGAACCGUACCAGUGGUCUGAAGAACGCGAACGAUUCCCUGAAGGGCCGUAUCUUCGAAGUCUCUCUUGCCGACCUGCAGAACGACGAGGACCAUGCCUUCCGUAAGGUCAAGCUCCGCGUGGAUGAGAUCCAGGGAAAGAACUGCCUGACCAACUUCCACGGUCUGGAUUUCACGACCGACAAGCUGCGAUCCCUUGUGCGCAAGUGGCAGUCGCUGAUCGAAGCCAACGUCACUGUGAAGACGACCGAUGACUAUCUUCUCCGUCUGUUCGCCAUCGCCUUCACGAAGAGACGCCCCAACCAGAUCAAGAAGACUACAUAUGCUCGUUCGUCCCAAAUCCGCGCUAUCCGCAAGAAGAUGACCGAGAUCAUGCAGCGCGAGGCCGCUAGCUGCUCUCUCGCUCAGCUUACUACUAAGCUCAUUCCCGAAGUCAUCGGUCGUGAGAUUGAGAAGGCUACCCAGGGAAUCUACCCCCUGCAGAACGUCCACAUCCGCAAGGUCAAGCUCCUUAAGUCUCCCAAGUUCGACCUCGGUGCGCUUCUGAACUUGCAUGGCGAGUCUACGACCGAUGAUAAGGGACACAAGGUUGAGAGAGAGUUCAAGGAACAGGUUCUUGAGAGCGUCUAA